GUCGUAAACCGGUGGUUGAAGUUAGAUAUUCUUGCUCUUCUUCCCGCUCUGAGGGUUGUUUUGGAAAUUGACAGUGUCCUUGGUUCUGCUGGUGGGAGCGAGCAUGUCCUUUCGAGGCGGAGGCCGUGGCGGCUUUAAUCGAGGUGGCGGAGGUGGCGGCUUCAGUCGUGGCGGAGGCGGCAGCAACAGCCACUUCCGAGGUGGAGGUGGCGGUAACUUCCGAGGCGGCGGCGGUAACUUCAGAGGCGGCGGCAUAGGAGGCUAUGGACGCGGGGGUGGCCGCGGCGGCUUUAACAAAGGCCAAGACCAAGGACCUCCAGAACAUGUAGUUUUAUUAGGGGAGUUCCUGCAUCCCUGUGAAGAUGACAUAGUUUGUAAAUGUACCACAGAUGAAAAUAAGGUGCCUUAUUUCAAUGCUCCAGUUUAUUUAGAAAACAAAGAACAAAUUGGAAAAGUGGAUGAAAUAUUUGGACAACUUAGAGAUUUUUAUUUUUCUGUUAAAUUGUCAGAAAACAUGAAGGCAUCAUCCUUUAAAAAACUACAGAAGUUUUAUAUAGACCCAUAUAAACUGCUGCCACUGCAGAGGUUUUUACCUCGACCUCCAGGUGAGAAGGGACCUCCAAGAGGUGGUGGCAGGGGCGGUCGAGGAGGAGGAAGAGGAGGAGGCGGCGGCAGAGGUGGUGGUAGAGGCGGUAAGUUACUUGUGGGAGAAAAUUUCUAA